CUCUGUCUGUCCAUCUGUCUCAUACCCAAUGUCAACGCCCAGCAUAUGCCACCUACAGACUGCAACCGAAAAGAACACCCUUUUGUGUCAUACCAAGCUCUGAGGCCAUGGAUGGCAGAGUUUUCCCGUCCAGGAGUUCGGGAUUUCUCCCAGUUGGCCCUGGACCUGCCCAGAAACCAGCUUGUCGUCGGCGCAAGAAACUACAUUUUCAGACUGAGCCUGAGCAACGCCUCUCUCAUACAGGCCACAGAAUGGGGACCGGAUGACUACACCAGACUCUCCUGUCAGAGCAAAGGAAAAACUGAGGAAGAGUGUCAGAACUACAUCCGGGUCCUGCUGAUCAUCGGGAGGAGGCUCUUCACGUGUGGGACCAACGCCUUCACUCCCAUAUGCACCACCAGACAGAUUGGUAACAUCAGUCGAGUGGUGGACACAGUGAACGGCGUGGCGCGGUGCCCGUACGACCCCCGUCACAACUCCACCGCCAUGGUCACGGAGAAGGGCGAGCUUUAUGCCGCCACCGUCAUCGACUUCUCGGGUCGCGACCCCGUCAUCUACCGGAGCCUGGGGAACAUGCCUCCUCUGCGCACCGCUCAGUACAACUCCAAAUGGCUCAACGAGCCUCACUUUGUCUCCGUCUACGAGGUCGGUCUGUUCGCCUACUUCUUCCUUAGGGAAAAUGCCGUUGAACACGACUGUGGGAAGACGGUGUUUUCCCGCGUGGCCCGGGUCUGCAAGAACGACAUAGGCGGGCGUUUCCUGCUGGAGGACACCUGGACGACCUUCAUGAAAGCCCGGCUCAACUGCUCACGCUCGGGGGAAAUCCCGUUUUACUACAAUGAGCUGCAGAGCACUUUCUACCUGCCAGAGCAGGACCUCAUCUACGGGAUCUUCACCACCAAUGUGAACAGCAUCUCAGCCUCUGCUGUGUGCGCCUUCAACCUGAGCGCCAUCACCCAGGCCUUCAACGGACCCUUCCGCUACCAGGAAAACCCCCGGACCACCUGGUUGUCCACUCCCAACCCCAUCCCCAACUUCCAGUGUGGGACCCUGGAGGAGCAGGGUCCGGGGGAGAACCUGACAGAACGCAGCCUCCAGGACGCCCAGCGACUCUUCCUGAUGAAUGACGUGGUCCAACCCGUCACCAUCGACCCCCUGCUCACCCAGGACAACGUGCGCUUUUCCAAGCUGGUGGUGGACAUCGUGCAAGGCCGUGACACCCUCUACCAUGUGAUGUACAUCGGUACAGAACAUGGCAGCAUACUGAAGGCUCUUUCAAUAACCAAUGAAAGCCUCCACGGAUGUUACCUGGAGGAGAUGAGGCUUCUCCCCGAAGGACAGAACGGGACAAUAAAGAGCUUGCAAAUCCUUCACAGUGACAGGUCGCUGUUUGUUGGCUUUGCGGACAGACUGCUGAAGAUACCACUGGAACGCUGCUCCACCUAUCCAACAGAACGGCAUUGUCUGGGAGCGCGGGACCCCUACUGUGGCUGGGACAGAAAACAGAAACGCUGCACCACCAUCGAGGAAAGCUUCAACAUGAACCAGUGGAUCCAGAACAUCACGGAGUGCCCGGUGAGGAACCUGACACAGGAUGGCGGCUUUGGCCCCUGGGCGCCAUGGACACCGUGUAACCACGACGACGGCGACGGCUCCGGCAGCAGCUGCUUGUGUCGCUCCAGAGCCUGCGAUAGCCCCAAGGCCCAGUGCGGCGGGGCCACCUGUAAGGGCCCCACCAUCCAAGUGGCCAACUGCUCCAGGAACGGAGGCUGGACACCUUGGUCCUCCUGGGGCCAGUGCAGUACCAGCUGUGGCAUUGGGUUCGAGGUGCGACAGCGUUCCUGCAACAACCCGUCGCCCCGCCACGGCGGGCGCGUCUGUGUGGGGCAGGGCAGGGAGGAGAGGCUGUGCAAUGAGAAGGCUCCGUGUCCCCAGCCCAUUUCUUGGACGCCAUGGGCGUCCUGGGCCCGAUGCAGCGCCGACUGUGGGGGAGGGGUCCAUUCACGGAGCAGAACCUGUGAGAACGGGAACAGCUGUCCUGGAUGUGCCGUGGAGUACAAGGCCUGUAACCUUGAGGCUUGCCCUGAGGUGCGCCGCAACACCCCUUGGACACCCUGGAUGCCUGUAAACGUGAGCCAGGACGGGGCGCGCCAGGAGCAGAGGGCCCGCUACACCUGCAGGGCCCUCCUCCCUGACCCCCACAGGCUGCAGCUUGGCAAGAAGAAGGUGGAGACCCGCAUGUGUCCCAAUGACGGCUCCGGAGUUUGCGAAACUGACUCUCUGGUUGAAGACUUGGUGAGGACCAGCGGCCAACCUCUGGUCCGGCCUCAGGGAGCUCGCUGGGCAUCCUGGGAAAUGUGGUCCAGCUGCUCCCAGGAGUGUUCCAGAGGCUUCCGCACCCGCAGACGCUCCUGUUUGACACCAGAAGGCAAGACCGCCCCCAAUGCGUGCACAGGAUCCCCGGUGGAGUACCAGGACUGCAACUCUCAGCCCUGCCCAGUGAAUGGAGCCUGGUCCUGCUGGUCGUCUUGGUCACAGUGCUCCGUCAGCUGUGGCGGAGGGCACUAUCAGCGCACUCGCACAUGCAGCAACCCCGCCCCGGCCAACGGAGGAGACAUCUGUAUAGGCCUGCACACCGAGGAGGCCCUCUGCAACACACACACCUGUGAAGGGGGUUGGGGUGGAUGGACAGAAUGGGGGGCAUGUGAGGAGGGCGGGCUGCAGCACCGGAGCCGGCUGUGUGGGGAAGAUGGGGAGAUGGAUGCCGGCCUGUGUCAGGACAACAUCACCCAGUCCAGACCCUGCCAGCCCCACGAGGUGCCAGUGAUUUUGCCCGGACAGGAAGAUGAGCAGCAUUGCGGAACCUUCACCCUUUUCCAGUUGGUGGGCGUAGGAGUGGCCAGUUUCUUUGCAGCGGUGCUGAUAUCUGUGUUGGCCUACGCCUACUGCCAGCGGCUGAGCCGGCCCUCGGCAGAGUCGGCGGUCAUCCACCCCAGCACCCCCAACCACCUCACCUACAACAAGCAGGGCAACUCCACACCAAAGAACGAGAAGUACACCCCCAUGGAGUUCAAGACGCUGAAUAAGAACAACCUCCACGUGAACGAUGAGACCUGCAACUACUUCACCUCGCCGCUGCCCUCCAGCAACGUUUACACCACCACCUACUACCCCCCCAGCCUGAGCAAGUACGACUUCCACCCCGACUCCCCGUGUAGGAACUACAUGCACAGCUGA